UGGAACAGUGCCCUUGCUAUGAUUAAACGAAUAAUCCUCACCAAAGAUGCAAUUGACAAAGUUCUACUAAGCAUUCCAAAAGCACCUGCACCUCUGACUGCGAAGGAAGUUGCUAUUUUAGUGGACAUCGUAGAAUUGCUUGAACCUUUCGACACCGUACUGAAAAAGUUUCGUCAUCAACAAAUAUAACAGUUUCGCUUAUAAUUUCGGUGGUGUGUGGUUUACUUGACACUAUAGAAAGUUUAAAACCCAAAGUCCACUCGGAAGAAGGAUCCGAAAUGCUAUUAAAUUUAAUUGAUAGCUGUAAACGCAGACUGUUGGGAUAUGAAAAACACACUGUUAUCAGAUUAUCCACGUUGCUGGAUCCUCGAUUCAAAAAGGAGGGCUUCCUUUUUUCUCACAACGUUUCAGAAUCCGUAAAAGCGUUGGAAACCGAAUUAACCCAGCACAACAAAAAUCCUGCUGUCUACAAAUCCGAGCCACCAACACCAACUGAGACUGCAACGCCAAAUCAGCAAUUGUUUGCAUUUUUGAAAAGCAACAUUGCCAAAAAACCGAGGGCUGAACGAGUUGACGCCAUUUUAAGCCUUCGGAACUUUUACGAAAGUCCAAAUUUGGAUCAAGAUUCUAACCCUCUUGAUUAUUGGAAGAACAUGAAUGGAAAUGACGCUCUGAAGGCUUGCUGCAAAAAGCUUUUAUGCAUUCCGGCAACCUAAGUAGAAAGCGAACGCAUUUUCAGCAAAGCUGGAAUUAUUAUAAGUGACAAGAGGGCUUCACUUAAAGCUUCCACAGCAGAUAAAAUAAUUUUUAUGAUUCGAAACAAUU